AUGCCUUCCAAGGGACAAAGCUGGUGGGCCCGCCACUGCACCCCGCGACCCCCCAUCAACCCCGUCGUCGCCUGUCCCUGCCACCACUGCUACAACAUGGUCGCCGAGGAGCUUGACUACCCCAAGUCGUCCCACAGCUCUCGCUCCAGCACGCCCGCUCCCUCGCGGCCCGUCAGCCCGACCGGCCGCGUGGUGAACCCUGCCUCGUCUACGCAUGUCGAGCUGAAGCAGUAG